AUUUUUUGUGUAGGGUACGUUAAAUUAGUGGUAAAGAAACAGAUUUAGUGUAAUUAUACCAUGCGAACGCUUUUCUGACCCGCUUGCAAUUUUGCAUUUUGGUGGUGGUGAACGAAACAUAAAACUGUUAUUAGGUGAGAUCUGAGUCAUUCAAUUAGUUAGUACACAGUGGACCUGACAUUCAUUUAUAUCUACAAAUAUGUUCAUUUGGGAUUGGUUUGCAGGAGUUUUAAAUUAUCUUGGUCUUUGGAAAAAGAGUGGUAAACUCUUAUUUCUUGGUUUAGAUAAUGCAGGCAAAACUACAUUACUUCAUAUGCUCAAAGAUGAUCGACUAGCUCAACAUGUGCCUACAUUGCAUCCAACUUCAGAAGAACUUUCCAUUGGAAAUAUGAGGUUCACAACAUUUGAUCUUGGAGGACAUCCCCAAGCUCGAAGAGUUUGGAAAGAUUAUUUUCCUGCUGUAGAUGCAAUAGUAUUCCUUGUUGAUGCAAGUGAUAGAUCACGAUUACCAGAAUCAAAAGCUGAAUUUGAUGCACUUUUAACUGAUGAACAACUUAGUUCAUGUCCAGUUUUAGUGCUAGGUAAUAAAAUUGAUAAACCAGGUGCAGCAUCAGAAGAUGAACUUAGAAAUUAUUUCAAUCUUUAUGGUCAAACAACAGGAAAAGGAAAGAUUUCUCGCAGUGAAAUACCUGGUCGUCCAUUGGAAUUAUUUAUGUGUUCAGUGUUGAAAAGACAAGGAUAUGGUGAAGGUUUCCGUUGGCUUGCUCAGUAUAUUGACUGAAUGCAUACAAUAAUUUAAAUACUCAGAUUUGUGGCAGUUUAUUACAUUUCCCUUUCCUCUGAUUCAUAUUGGAUGUUAGUACUGAAGUGUAUUGUUAUCCUUUAUGUGAAUUGUGCAGUAGGAAAGGAGUAUUAAUAUAUAAACUGCAAUAACAGAUUCAGAACAGUGCAAAUAAGUAAAACAAAAACAUCCGAAAAAUACAAUUUGACAAACGUGAUAGAACUAAUUUCUUUCAUUUUAAUACAUGGAGCCUACAAUCUAUAUAAAUUGUUUUAAUUCCAUAUAAGAAAGAGUUCUGUGAAUUUCUGUCAUUUGCAAAUCAUAUUAUGGAAGUACUUGAUAUAAUAAAAAUAAUACACGUUUUGAUAAAUAAAGUAAUAAACUAUUUAAGAAUUUUGAGUGUUUUUAAAAUUAUUUUUUAUAACGUAAAUAUUCUAAUUACGUUAAAAAUAUUUUAUGGAUAUUUAGGAAAAUUAAAACAAAUUUUGGUAAAUGUAUUUUGAUAUCUUUUAUUAAAAGAAUAAUAAAUACAUUUUAUUUGGUAUUUUUUAAAUUAAAAGUAAAAAUAUCAAUGAAUUUCAUACAUAUUAUUUGCUUAAUAUAUUUUCAUUUUCUUUUUUUUUUAAAUUUUUAUUCUUUAAAUAAAAUACAAGUAUAACUUGUAAAAAGAUAAAAACGAAUACAUUUUAUUAUAAAACUAUCAAUAUAUUUGUAGUUACAUUUUGGUAGUAAGUUUUUAAAAUAUUAAUAAAUGUCUUGUAAAAUAUCAUAAAUCGUCCGUAUUAUAUUAUAUAGUUGUUUGUGUAAACUUGAUUUAAAAAUAGAAUAACAAAAAAUAAAAAACUUAAAAAUAAUAUUUUUUUUUAAUGUAUUAACAUAGUAAUUGUAAAUACUUAUUAAUAUUUUGUUCAUUAUUUUUCAAAUAAAGCAUGUUAUUUUCUAUUUCAUA